AUCGCUCGACCGUGACGUAGGAUAGGGGAUCACGUGAUAAGGACGGUUAUUCUGCCUUGCUUUGGUCGGGGUAUUCGGGAACCGUUCGGUCGUUAUUUUCGUGUUUUUUUCUGUGUUUGGAGCCCGAUUAGUUCACGCGUGGAUCGGCUUCGGCAGCCGUCGUGCUCAGGAAGCAAUGGUGAAGUACUGUUCGGUGCCGCAAUGCCGCAGUUACGCGACCGACCCGAACGUCAGCUUUCACAUCUACCCCAAGGAGAAGCAGCUGCGCACGGAGUGGCUUGUGAAGUUAAGAAUGGGCAAAUUAAACUCCAAGAGCUCGACAGUGUGCAGCAAGCACUUUAGAGAUGAAGACUUCGUGUAUGCGGUUGGAGCGAAGAUGUUUGGCUGGAAAAAAAGGACACUCGCCCCAGGAACCGUGCCGUCCCAGAAUCUGCCUUUACGGCCACUGGACAAGCCCCCGAAGCUGCGACAGCCCCUGAAGCCGCGGGCAGGUGUGGACACAUGCAAGCCUCGCCCCAAGGAUGACCUGCCAGCAGCAGUUACAUUGGCAGGGCUGAACUCCGAAGAAGCCAGCACCAGUGAGGGUUUGAUUGAGCAGGAACUACCCAACCAGGAUGCCGAUGCUGCAGAUCCCAUUGGUCUUCAGGCUGAACUUCACACCUUGAAGAAAGAUGUCGGAAGUCAAGCGGACACACUACAGCUUGAGAAAGAUCAAGUGCUCGGGAUAGCACGGGUUAAGAAUGAACCGGCCCUCGUAUCACUGACAUGCAUACCCUGUUUGUAG